AUGUGCUGCAUGUGUACUCCUCGGUACCUCACAGUUGCAACUAUCACAGCGAAUUGUUCUGCUUUCCGCACUCGUCUGUGAGUCGUUGCUGGUGGUUGGACUCAUUCAACUCGGUCGCGGUACUGCAACGUUGGCUGUUGAAGGAUCCAGCCGUCUGGUAUUUUGCCCUGUGGUGGUCGUGGUGAUGCUAGCUGUAAUCAUAAGUUCAUAA